UUAAAUUACACUGAGUUCUUGCUGCACUCCAGCUCUCACAGUCUACAUGUUGUGAUGAUAGUGUUGCUGUUGCAGGAUUUGAGUCAUGAGGUAGGAUUGAUCCCAGAAUACACUGUGGGUUGGAGUUGAGUUUGAGCUGACAGCAGCAGCUGGAAAUGGCUGAAAUGGGCAGCAGCCUCCUGGAGCAGCUCAAAUCCUGUGUCGUCUGGAGCUGGACUUACUUGUGGACGCUGUGGUUUUUUCUGAUGCUUUUCCUGGUUUACAUUCUACGGGUUCCUCUGAAAAUCAACGACAAUCUGAGUACAGUGAGUAUGUUUUUGAAUACAUUAACCCCCAAAUUCUACGUUGCUCUGACAGGCACAUCAUCUUUGAUCUCUGGGCUUAUUCUUAUAUUUGAGUGGUGGUAUUUUCGAAAAUAUGGAACAUCAUUUAUUGAGCAGGUAUCAGUCAGCCACUUACGACCCUUGCUUGGUGGGGUGGACAACACUGCCCCCAGUAACUCCACCUCCAAUAAUGGAGAGACUGAUUCCAACAGACAAAGUGUAUCAGAAUGUAAGGUGUGGCGGAAUCCGCUCAAUUUAUUUAGAGGAGCAGAAUACAAUCGGUAUACAUGGGUAACGGGAAGGGAGCCUCUGACAUAUUAUGACAUGAAUCUUUCUGCACAAGAUCAUCAGACUUUCUUCACUUGUGAGACUGACCACUUACGGCCUGCAGACGCUAGUAAGAAGGACUUAAUGCAGAAAGCUUGGAGAGAGAGGAACCCACAAGCAAGAAUUUCAGCAGCACAUGAAGCCUUAGAGUUAAAUGAGGUAUUUUACCAUUGGCGUCCGCUGCUAGAGCCGCUGCAAGCAAAGAGAAGGACCCAAAAUGGAAUAAACUUCACAAUGUGUGCCACUGCCUAUAUUCUUUUGGCUGAAGAAGAAGCCACUACUAUUGUGGAAGCAGAACGACUUUUUAAACAGGCACUGAAAGCAGGGGAGGUUUGUUAUAGGCGUAGCCAACAACUGCAACACCAUGGAGCUCAGUAUGAAGCACAGCACAGGAGGGACACAAACGUGUUAGUUUACAUUAAGAGAAGAUUGGCAAUGUGUUCAAGAAAACUGGGAAGGACAAGAGAAGCAGUAAAAAUGAUGCGGGAUCUUAUGAAGGAGUUUCCCCUUCUCAGUAUGUUUAACAUCCAUGAAAAUUUACUGGAGGCACUUUUAGAGCUACAGGCCUAUGCUGACGUGCAAGCUGUUUUAGCCAAAUAUGACGACAUUAGCUUACCAAAGUCAGCAACAAUAUGUUACACGGCGGCACUACUUAAAGCAAGAGCAGUCUCUGACAAGUUUUCACCAGAGGCUGCCUCAAGGCGAGGGCUGAGUACUGCAGAGAUGAAUGCUGUCGAAGCAAUACACAGGGCAGUAGAGUUUAACCCACAUGUACCUAAGUAUUUAUUAGAAAUGAAAAGUUUAAUACUUCCACCAGAACAUAUUUUGAAGAGAGGAGACAGUGAAGCAAUAGCAUAUGCAUUUUUCCAUCUUCAACACUGGAAACGGGUAGAAGGAGCUCUCAACCUAUUACAUUGUACCUGGGAGGGAACUUUUCGAAUGAUCCCAUAUCCCCUGGAAAAAGGUCAUCUUUUUUAUCCAUAUCCAAUUUGCACAGAGACCGCAGACAGAGAGUUGCUGCCAUCGUUUCAUGAAGUUUCAGUGUAUCCCAAGAAGGAGCUUCCAUUCUUCAUCCUCUUCACAGCCGGCCUGUGCUCUUUCACUGCCAUGUUGGCUCUUCUCACACAUCAGUUUCCUGAACUCAUGGGAGUCUUUGCAAAAGCUGUUAAAACAGUCUAUUACAGAACCUAUUACAGUGGCGUGCCUGACGUGUGUCUCCUUAACACCCAUAAGGAGGCAAUCCUGGCCCUCACCCGGGAAGACUAGGGCAGCUCCUGUGGGGAUGUGGAAACCAGCAUGUAGCAGCAGUGAAACACCAGCAGGAUAUUCCCUCAGUGACUGCAGUUGAGAAGGGCACUUCCCAUGAUGUUCCUUUCGUCGCUGAGGAAGAAGACUUGGACCCUCUCCAAGGAAGGGCUAACCAGGAUGUCUCCUGGACCCUACAGCAGCACAGAUACUGAUAUCUCAGUGGCAGCAUUAGCCAGUUCAGAGUUGGAGCACCUGCUGGUGAGCACUUGACUGCCACGUCUCUGGUAUCAGUUAAGGAGGAAAUGGCCCAGGUUACUGUCACUUAGUCAACUGCUGAAGGCCAGGCACCUGCUUUAGACCCAGGCAGGAGAGGAACCCAUGGCAUUAGCAAGUAGGGACUACACAAAUACGCAAGCAGACCCAGGAGCAGGUUUAUUGGAGGCACUAGACAACUUAACUCAAAGGCUUUAGGGACUGCACCAACACCGUUUGUGCUAGUCUGCCCCUGGCGCGCAAGUGUCUGGCUGCCUCCAUGGACAGGUUUGCUUCUGCCAUGGAGAACAAAGUCAAGCAAUCUACAAGUCUGCCAGAUAUGCAUGAAGCCCUGAACCCCAUCACUCCAGCCAUUGGUGCUCAGCACCAACGGCAAAGCAACAGGGGAACAAGGGAACUCGAGGGGCCCAUUCAUCACAAGGUGGCGUGAUCCUGCCAGUGGGCACCUAAUCGGAUAAGAAACCACACACACAGGUCUCUCAGGAAUCUCCACUGGCCACACUCCGAAUGAGGCUGGGCACUUGGCAAAAGAGCUGGAUUCCUGACAUGAGAUGAGAGUGACUUGUGG